AGUAUAUAUUGCUGUAAUAAAUCCUCAGCCUAAUUCAGUUUUAAUUCUCAAGUUUAUGAAAAUGGUGCCAAAACUAGCAAUAUUUCUCACCAUAAGUGCCUUCUUCGGCACAGUAUUAGCUGCAAACGUGUGCGAGGAGGCAGGUCUGGUGACCUCAGAUGGACUCAUCCCACAUCCUACCAACUGCUCAAUGUACAUCAGCUGCUACGUAGGGCAGCCGUACGAAUUCGCAUGUCCCGAAGGAUACUAUUUCAAUCCGUCGUCGAGUAAGUGUGAUCCUCGGUACGUGUGCCCUGUGAACACCUGUCCAGAAACUGGAGUUGUAUAUCAGCCAGUUAAUGGGUCCUGCGUAGAUUAUGUGUUGUGCGUAGGAGGAACAGCAUAUCCUCAAGUGUGCGAAGACGGUCUCUCCUUUGAUCCGACAGCUCUGAAGUGUAUUCCGGAUGCUGAGGCACAGUGUGUUCCAAAUCAGUGCGAUUCAUCACAACCGCAUCCUCAGCUUUAUGUGAGUCCGUUCAACUGCACGAUAUACUUCGUAUGCGACGAGAACUUUGAGCCAGUUGAGUUUGAGUGUGCCGCUGGAACAAUCUUCGACGAAACAGCCAAAGAUUGUAUUUUGGGGGAUACCUGCCCGGGCGAUGAAACUACGACCACAACGGAGGCUACCACUACCACCACUGAAGAAACUUCCACCACCACUGCAGCGGAUGUUACCACCACCACAGAGUCCACAACUACUACUACCGAAGAGACUAGUACCACUACCGAAGAGACUUCUACUGUAACAGAAGAGACUAGUACUACCACAGAAGCACCUUGAUUCAACUUUAUAGAAUAAACUUUUAGCUUUUACCCGGUGAGCUAUGCUACGUCUCAAUCCCAUUUAAUUAAACAAAAAAGCUCAAGGUGAAUCAUUAGAAA